GUGAUGACGCAAGGGGGCGCGCGACUUCCUGUCGGCCUCCCGUCAAGGCCGCGCCUCCCGGGCGGUUGCCUGGCAACUCCUUCAGCCGGAGCAGGCCGCCGCCGGCCUCAGGAGCGCCCGGGUCGGGAGCCGCCGCCGCCGCCGCCGCCGCCAUGACUUCGCUGCGGGCCUUCACCUGCGACGACCUCUUCCGCUUCAACAACAUCAAUUUGGACCCUCUUACAGAGACCUAUGGGAUCCCAUUUUACUUACAGUACUUGGCCCACUGGCCAGAGUAUUUUAUUGUUGCAGAAGCACCUGGUGGAGAGCUAAUGGGUUACAUUAUGGGGAAAGCUGAAGGUUCGGUGGCUAGAGAGGAGUGGCAUGGCCACGUGACCGCCCUCUCUGUCGCUCCUGAAUUUCGCCGGCUGGGCUUGGCUGCUAAGCUAAUGGAGCUGCUUGAAGAAAUCUCAGAAAGAAAGGGUGGAUUUUUUGUGGACCUCUUUGUAAGAGUGUCAAAUCAAGUUGCCGUGAAUAUGUACAAACAGCUGGGCUACAGUGUGUACAGAACCGUGCUAGAAUACUACUCUGCUAGCAAUGGGGAGCCCGAUGAAGACGCUUAUGACAUGAGGAAAGCCCUAUCUCGAGACACAGAGAAGAAAUCAAUCGUGCCAUUACCUCAUCCCGUCAGACCAGAAGACAUUGAAUAAGCCGAGGCCGGCUAUUUAUACAGCGGGCCGAAAUAACAUUUGGAGACAGCUGGGAACACUUUCAGAGGACGCCGCAGCGUUUAAAAACAAAUGCAGUAAGGAGCCUCGGAGCAAUGGAGCAAAGGAAUCCGCAGACACGGGCUUUUGUUUGUAGGCUUUUGGGCGGAGUCUUCUAAUGCUGCUGCUGCAAAGCAGAUUUAGGACUGGAAUCUUUUUUUCUGCUUUUAAUUAAACCAUAAAUAAAUCUCAGUUGUUUUGAACGGUUACAAAACUUCAAAUUCAGAUAAAGUAUCACGUCAUGUUACAGGCCUUAAAGCAAACAGGAAAAAUAAAUAAAUGAAACCAGUAGAGUAAAACCUAGAUGUCUACAAACAUCUCCAUUUUCUGAUGCUCAUAAACAUU